CGCCCACUGAACGCCAUCUCUCUGGCCCAAAUUUCUAUCAGAUCGCAAAAUCGCGAAAAGAUUUGCAGAGGGACUGGGAUUGAAACAGAAGGGUUCGCUCACAAGACCGCCUGAUUCGCCUUCGCGCUCUAACGAAGCCAAAAGUGAUCCUAACCCUUUCCGCGCGAUUUAUUCCAUCUCCUCAGUUUUUUUCUUCUUGAAGGAGGAUUCUCAGCCUAUAAAACACCAUGUCAGGUCUCGACGUUGAAGCUCUCCUCGAGUCCACAGCCGCUCCGGCAACCCAGGACCGCGACGAUCGCUCCUCAUCCAAGGCCGAAAAUGGCGAUCGACGCGACGACCGUGAUCGCUCGCGUGACAGGGACCGCAAACGCCGAGAUUAUAGCCGUGAUAGACGACGCUCAAAGGAUGCCGACGGAGAUGAUACCAUGAAAAGCCCGAGAAGCGAACACGGCAGUGCUAACGGAAGCCAUAGAAGUAGUAGGAAGAGGAGCAGGAGCCGCGAUAGCGACCGUCGCCGGGCUCGCCGUGACCGUCACGGUGAUGAUUACCGCUCGAAUGGCGACUUCUACCGUGGCGGUGGACGUACUCGCACCCGAUCUCGAUCCCCUUAUGAUGACAGAUACUACCGCCCCUCGGGCCGUUCUCGCCGAGAUGAACGUGAUGAGGAAAGACGUCCUCGUCGUGAACGCGAUACCCGCAAGCGAAGUCGCUCGCGAAGCCGUGACAAAAGUCCGGAACUUAACGAAGAUGAGCGUGAUAGGCGUACCAUUUUUGUGCAGCAACUCGCGGCAAGACUGAGAACAAAAGAGCUCAUUGCGUUUUUCGAAAAGGUCGGGCCGGUCAAAGAAGCUCAAAUUGUCAAAGAUCGCGUUAGUGGAAGGUCCAAAGGUGUCGGUUAUGUCGAAUUCAAAGACGAGAGUUCCGUUGCGCCCGCUAUCCAGCUUACAGGACAGAAACUUCUAGGAAUCCCAAUCAUUGCACAGUUGACCGAAGCCGAAAAGAACCGCCAAGCGCGCAACACCGAGACCAGCAGCAGCAACAAACACUCCGCCCCCUUUCACAGGCUAUAUGUGGGUAAUAUCCAUUUCAGUAUCGAUGAGAGUGACCUCCAGAGUGUCUUUGAGCCGUUUGGCGAGCUUGAAUUUGUUCAACUACAGAAGGACGAAACCGGAAGAAGCAGAGGUUAUGGUUUUGUGCAAUUCCGUGACCCUAACCAGGCUCGGGAAGCGUUGGAGAAGAUGAAUGGCUAUGACCUUGGUGGUCGAGCCAUCCGCGUUGGCCUUGGCAACGAUAAGUUCACCCCUGAGAACACUCAACGUGCCCAGAGCCAAGGUGCAAGCCAAAGUAACUUCCAGGGCUCUAUGUUCUCAGGCUCCGGCGGACGUGGUGUUCAGGCCGGGGGCACAAAUAACUUCGAUCGUGCAGGAGGCCGUGAGUCUGAAAAGGGAACCGGCGCGAGUGCUUUGGAUGACACGGACGUUGCCGGUGUGAACUUCAACAACUUCAGUAGAGACGCAUUGAUGAGGAAGCUUGCAAGAACAGAUGAACCUGCUGAGCCUUCUGCGGACGACAAGCCGCAGAAGAUUCUCCUACCGAAAACUGAAACGAAGCCGUUGCCCGUAAAUGUCAACAUGGCAAGCCGGUGUGUUAUGCUUCGUAACAUGUUCGACCCAACUGAGGAAGAGGGCGAAGUUUGGAUCAAGGAGUUGGAGGAUGACGUCCGCGCUGAGUGCGAAGAAAAAUAUGGCCAUGUUGUUCACAUUGCACUAGAUCCCAAUUCCCAGGGCGACAUAUACCUGAAGUUUGACCGCGUCCAGGGCGGAGAAAACGCUAUCAAGGGUCUCAACGGACGAUUCUUCGGUGGUAAACAGAUUACUGCGCAACCCGUUGUCGACGCUGUUUACAGCAGCCUGUUCUCCCGAACAAAGGCCAUCUAAGUCUCCUACCAGUGACCCAUCCACCUACCGCAAUUUUCUUUACGGUAAUGGUAGGUAUUCUAUCUAAUUUCUGUCUACCAGGUGCGACAUGUGGACCGCAGGACCUACCGGAUCACAACCUCACUGAACCGGUCUUGUAUGACACUACCCCUGGUAGGUGCUAGUUCUUUCUCGACAUCUCGCUUCCUACGGUUUUGAAGGCCGAAAGGCUUGAUGCGCAAUGAUUUGUUUAUAGGGCUCUCUGUAUAUUUUUUUCUAGCGCAAAAUGGUUCCUUAUUUAUCGCUAUCUUAGUUUGCAUAUCGCUCUCUAGAAAUCCGAAAGUUG